AUGUCUGAAUAUGGUGUACUUAAAAAUGGAGCCAAAAAAAUCAAGAUUAACAAAGAAAGGAUGGACAAUGUAUCAACUUUAAAUGGCAUAAAACAAAAUGGAAAUCAUACACCUUUAAAAGAGGAUCUUGAUCGGACAUUUAUUGCACAUCGUUCACCUGCAGAAACUGCUGUAGAAUAUGAUAAACAAAAUCAGAUUGCGGGCACAACUGAAAACCAUAAUAUCAACAGCGGUAACAAUGAUAGACAUAUUAACCUGAGUGAUAUGGCUAAACAGUUGCCUGAUGAAGAGAAAAAUUAUGACAUGCGUAGAGUCGCUGAAGCUUUAAAUUUAUAUCCAAAUAAAAAACAAAAAGUGGAAGAAACCCAUUCUAGGUUUUCUUCAGAGAGGUCUUUUGAUAUUUUAUCACAACCUGUUAAUAAACCCUUGCCAAAAUAUUACAAACCUAAAAUUCUAAAUUUAGCAACCAUGAAUGUAAUACCUUUGGAAAGCAUUGUUUCUAGGAUUCCAGCCAAACCUGUUAAACCCAUGCAUAGAAGUAUGGAAAGCCUAGAGAAUUAUAAGAUGGCUGUACAAUCUUAUAUUUUAACAUUAAGCAUAUUAAGAUUUGAUCUUAGUUGUAUUUUGCAACAGAGAAUCCAACAUGAUAAAGAAUAUUUGGAAAAUGGUACUAUAUUACGUAUAGAAAACACUUCGCUUUAUUUUAAUGUGAAAAGUUACGAUUCAAAGAUAUGUAGCUUACUAACGGAGUUGAAUAAUAUGGAAAUGAGAGUAUUGGAAGAAUUUCAUUCCGUUCUUCAGGUACCGACAAUAUAA